AGUUCGGUGCGAACCGGUUCGGCGGUUUUUGCGCCGAGACGCCUGGGCUUUUAUUUCGAAGGUGUCGUCCGGAAGCGGAGCGUGUUGCGGUCCCUUUACUUUGACAGUCUGGCAGCGGCCGCAGAGGGAAGGAGCGCAGCUUCAUUUCUGCGGAUUUUCUCAUUCUGCUGGACCAACCUGCAGCUGGAUCCGGAUUCAUGUCGGAGGGGAGAGUCCGGACCGCUCCAGACCGAACCGAAACGAAGCGUGCCGAAUAGAGCCGAACAGAGCCGGGCCAGAAUAAGACCAGAAAUACAGACAGACGGAGACAGAGACAGGCAGGCUGCUUCAUCUCCUCCCGCAGAGCCGACCCGAGUCUUCCUCACCGAGCAGGAGAUGCUGUGUGUCCAGCUCCUCCAGGAUACUCUGACCCAGGAUCAGUGAUGUGGGCCUGUGUCUCAGUGUUUGUGUGACGUCUGCAGGGAGUCAAACCUGUCAGGUGGAUCCAACAUGGCCGUCGUGUGUGGACCUUCAUCAGCGCUGACGGUGUGUCUGUGGGUCCUGCUGCUGCCUGCUGUGACCGGUCUUCAUUCGGAGGACAGAGAGUGUGCCUUCACCGACCACCUGCCAGGGGCGGAGCCUCACAGCGGCCCGGCCAAUGAGCUGCGAGGAGUGGUGCGAGAGAACGGCACGAUUCGCUGCAGCCACGGCUCCCGCUGCUAUGGACUGUGGGAAAAAAGACCAGACGGGGAAAUGCGCCUGGUGAAGCAAGGUUGUUGGACUCACAUCGGCGACCAGCAGGAGUGUCAUGGCGACCGUUGCCUGGUAACGGCGACACCCUCUCAGAUCCAGAACGGCAGCUACCGCUUCUGCUGCUGCAGCCGAGAUCUCUGCAACGCCAACUUCACCGAGGCCGCGCCCGCCGGCGACACCCCCGCCCUGAGGCCGAUGAAGAGCGACGGGCGGGAUGAACGACGGACAGAACACCAGCCGCUGAGGCGGGAGGAGACGGCGCUCGUCGCUCUGGUAACCGUAGCCAUAGCAGCCGUCCUCAUCAUGGCUCUGUUCCUGGGAUACCGAAUGAUGAAAGGGAAACAGAAACACAGUCUGUCUGCUCUGGAUGUGAUGGAGGCAGCAAACGCCGAGUCUGCUGUCGACCUGGACAGUCUCAAACUGCUGGAGCUGAUUGGUCGAGGUCGUUACGGUGCGGUGUUUCGUGGCUGUCUUAAUGAGCGCUGUGUGGCCGUCAAACUCUUUAGCUCGGCCAACCGGCAGAAUUUCGCCAACGAGUGCUCCAUCUACAGUCUGCCGCUGCUGCAACAACACGUCAACAUCACCCGCUUCUUGACCGCCGACGAGAGGAUGACGGCCGAUGGACAACCAGAGUUCCUGAUCCUCAUGGAGUACUACCCACAUGGCUGUCUGUCUCGAUACCUGUCCCUCCACACAGUCGACUGGUUGACCUGCUGCAGGAUGACUCACGGUGUGACCAGAGGACUCGCUUUCCUGCACACGGAACUCUGCAGGGGAGACCAGUAUAAACCAGCUGUGGCCCACAGAGACGUGACCAGCAGGAACGUUUUGGUCCGAGCCGAUCUGUCCUGCGUCCUCGCCGACUUCGGUCUGUCCAUGAGGCUGACAGGAAACCGGCCCUGUCGCCCCGGAGACGAUGAAACUCUGGCAAUAUCUGAGGUGGGGACGGUGCGGUACAUGGCUCCGGAGGUCCUGGGCGGAGCUCUGAACCUCAGGGACUGCGAGUCGGCGCUGAAGCAGGUGGAUGUUUACGCUCUGGGUCUGCUCUACUGGGAGAGCUUCAGAAGGUGCUCCGACCUGUUCCCAGGUGAAACAGUACCAGAGUACCAGCUGGCGUUUCAGGCGGAGCUCGGGAACCAUCCGAGCUUCGAGGAGAUGCAGAUCCUCGUGGCCAGAGGGAAAUACAGACCCAGAUUCCCCGAAGCUUGGAAGGAGAACAGCCUGGCGUUGCGUUCCCUGAAGGAGACGAUGGAGGACUGCUGGGAUCAGGAUGCUGAAGCUCGACUCACCGCUCAGUGUGCAGAGGAGAGACUGUCUGAACUCACACUGCUGAGUACUCACACCGCCAUACACAACCACAGGAAUCUGUCUCACGGCCGCUGGUCUCCUCAGGUUGGCUCCGCCUCCCCCUACAACGAGGAUCUGCAGAUGGGCGUGGUCAAAAAUCUCCAGGGAGAUGCACACCCGGCAUCUGUCGCCAAGACGACCACGAGUGGAGGAGAAGGUGCCGAAAAGAACAGAAACUCCAUCAACUAUGAACGGCAGCAGGCACAGAGUCAAGCUCGGUUGUCCAGUUCAGACAGCAGUGUGUCAACCACCACUGCCCUGGCACCUGCCACCAUCCUCCGCACCAUCUCCGAAUCUGAGCCCAGCGGUGACGCUGUGCCCAGUGUCCCAGUCUGCCUGCAGCUGACAGAAGAAGACCUGGAGGCCACCAAGCUCGACCCAACAGAGGUUGAUAAGAACCUGAGAGAAAGUUCAGAUGAAAACUUGAUGGAGCAUUCACAGAAACAGUUCAGUUCAGAGCCACAAACUACCAACCUGCUGUACCAUCAGAUUCUACAAACUAAUGAGGCAAACAACUCUGUGUUGGCUCCUCAAGGUGAACUGGGGCGUGUUAGUGGCAUUGAUACUCCUCCUUCCUCCUCCAUCCACCACCUCCCCAAACAGCAGAACCUGCCACAGAGACCCACCAGCCUCCACCUCCUCAACAAAACCAAGGAGACCACUUUGGCCUCUUCUCGACUCAAGCUGGGAAAGCUCAAGUCAAACCACAGACAGGUGGAAACGGGCGUUGCUAAGAUGAACACAGUAACAGUCGCCGCGGCUGUAGAGCCCCACCUGGUGACCACCGUGACCAACAACACUAGCACAAGAGGCAGUGUUGCAACUGGGAACCGAGUCCACUCAAUAACAGUGGUCCCCAGCGGCUACAAUGCGGGGGUCCCCACCCUGGUGACAAAUGGUAUGAUAGGUGGAGGUCGAACCAAUCCAGCAGGACCACAGCUGGAGGAGGAGGACAAGAUGGAGGGAGGGAUGUUGGGAGGAGAAGACAGCCAUCUGAACCUACUCAAUUUCAGUCCUGAUGAACACGAACCACUGUUGAGGAGAGAACAGUCACCCGCUGAGAGUGAACCCCUUCCUCAUCUGCAUCAGUCAAGAGCUGGAAACAUCCUGUCAGGACGAGGCUCAAACUCCAACAACAACAACAAUAGGAUAGCGUCAGGGCCAGAAGUCAAGGGUUUAGAGGUUAAACCUGAAAGGAAUAUGGGUACAGAAGUCAGUCAGGGCAGAGGCAUCAGCAGUCCUACACCUGAACCACACCUGGCAAGUCAGCAGAUCAGUGGAUCCCCUGUUACUGCUGCACUUUCAAAUCUGAAAGAUAAAAUUCCGACCUUUGGUCCAGGAGGACCAGCCACAUCUGACAACACCUCAACACCAGAUGCCUCUCCUGCUGCCCAGGAUAGAGGCCAAGGCUCGGAUGCAGGCCCACGUUUCCAGAAAGUCUUUGUUCCAGAACCAGUGUUGGCCUCCGGACAUACCCAAAAUCCAAAGACUCAUCUGGUCCAUUCUACUGACACUGCUGGGGUCCCAGGCUGUGGGCAUACAGGUUCCGGCUUAACAACCACACCAGAAAUGCAACUUCCAGAACCCCCAGGGACCCCAGCUUCACAAGCACAAGACCCAGCCCCCAAAGCCUCAACCUUGUCUUCAAGAGCUGUAGUUUUAGAUACCCUAACCCUUUCCCAGGAACCUUCAACUACAGAAACUCCAGCUCUAGGGGCUCCAGCCUCAGAUCCAGAAGCUCCAGUUGGGAAUCUAGAAGCUUCCCCUCUAGAGGUUCCAGCCACAGAAAAUCCAUUUCCAGAAACUCCAGUUUUGGAAUCUCGAGAUUCAGAAUCCUCAGCUCUUAUGGAAUCUUCAGCUCCUGAACAUGCAGUUCUACAAGUUUCAGCCUUAGAUCAGGUGGGAAAGGCCAAAGCCAGGAGACCUGAACGUCCAUGUUCUCUGGACCUAUCCUCGUCCUGCAUCUCCUCAGAUGAUGUUUCUCUGACCGAUAACGGCAGUCUGAGUGCUUCAGGAGAGAAAAUAAAACGUCGUGUUAAGACACCGUACACCCUGAAAAAAUGGCGUCCAGCCUCAUGGGUUGUUUCCACGGAUACAGCUCUCGACCCGGACUUCGAGUUCAGCACCAGUUGCAGUAGCAGCAGCCAGACCCACUUUUCUUCUGGUCUUCAUAGAGCAGGAAGCAUUGGCAUCCCUAAAAUCAACCAGUCAAAGUCCAGCAUGGCUGUCUUUUUGGUUGGCAGUGGAGCCACAGCGACCACAACGUCUGAGCCUGAUGGGAUGACCUGCUUCUAAAGUUGUUGAAUUAAAUGUUUUCUUUCCUUAAAGGGGAGUGGAUUAUUUUUUUUCACUUCUUUGUCUUCCUUCUCUUUUGUUGUGAAAAAAGAGAUCACAGUUAGUCGUGCCAUUCAGCCUCCCCAGCACUGAGAUGAACGUAAUGCUAAAUCAGAGGCACAGGAAAUGACCCACAAUAAAAUGCUUGAAAGUUUUUUGACAGAAGUCACGGCACGUCAACUCGAACAGACUAUAGGAGUUGUUUAUGAAAUUCAAAACAAAGAGUUGGGGUUUGGAUUUCUUAAUUUAUCUACAUUUACUUGAUUCAGCCAGACACUUUUUGAAGGAUUGUUGUCAGUUGGCCCUUUCCUGUUACCAUUUGACCUCGAACUUUCAACCAUGACAAUGCUUAAGUAGUACUAAAGCCCAUAUUUUGCAAAAUAUAUUUUUGUUUGUGGUGAAUUUAGGCGAUUCCCUAACUUUAAGAUGAUUGGCUCAUGGUGUAACAAGUCUUGUGGCUAGUUGUUUUUAGCUGUGGCCUCGACCCUACUGGAGAAACAAGAUUGCCCGGGAAUCUCUGUUAAUUUUAAUUGAAGGAACUUCUUUUUGCUAUACUUUCAAACUCCCACUGACUUGCCUGUAGUUGGCAGAUGUGGCGUUGAUGCUACCCAGGGUAACAAAAUUACCCAGGAGCUCAAAAAUCUCAGUUGGUUGUUGAGUGAAGAACGUUUGGUUUUGAGUGAAGAACGUUUGGUUUUGAGUGAAGAACGUUUGGUUUUGAUACACCUGUGGCUAGUAGAUUUGGCCAGUGUCCACUGGUUUUGGCGUUGACCCUGUCUGAAGACUGAAAUUGCCCAAGGUUUUCUCGAAAUCCAAAAUCCGGCUCCUGCUGUGACAGGUGUUGUGGGUAUGACCUUGAUUCUACCUGAGAACUGAAUUGCCCAAGACUCCAAAAUGUCUUUCUGUUGGUGAUGAGGUUAAGGAAGCUCCUGUCUCGUAGAUCUCUGGGCUCCUGCUAUGACUCGGCUUGUGGCUAGUACAUGUGGUAAGUGGCUAGUCAGUGAUACCAGAGAGGAUUCGGUCAAGUCAAAUGUCAAAUUUUUUUUACGCACUUUAAACAAAGUUAGUGUUAUUUAGGAAACUUACAAAUUUCUGAUAAUGGACACCUCGUGCAAUUACGGUAAUAACAAUGCCACUCAUUUCUUCUCUAUAUUUGUGUUUUUUGUGUCUUUGUACAGUGUCUAGUAUGAUUAAAAGGAGUUUUUGCGGAAAACCCUAAAUCUAGCUAUGCAGUCAGCUCAUGAUGCCUACUCCUGUUGACCAUGUGUUUGGCUCAGAUGUAUUAACAGAUUGACAACAUUACUGUUGGAGGAUAUUUAUUCUUUUAGUUUUCACUCUCUUUUUUGAACGGUUUAUGAGGUCUGCUGUGACCACCGUGUCAGGACUGGAAGGACAGAGGAAGUCGCAAAGAAAAAGAAAUAACGCUUGGAGAAACAAGAAGAAAUGAAAAGAGAGAUGAGCCAUGGUCCUAUGGAGUUUAUCAAACCUUGAAACCUCGGCCACGAACAACCUGCUCAGGAACCUUAACAACGCUUACGUAGGCUGGAACGCUCACAGUUUUCUUGUUUAUUUAAAGACGAGCAGGAGAUAAAGAAAGAUGGAAGGGAUCUGUCUGAACUGUCAGACGAAAGAAGGUUAUGGACUGAAACUGGACAGAUUUGAUCCAACAGACAAAAUAGGCCUUCGAACAACUCCAAAGCUGUCUUAUUUACAUAUUCUGCUGUUAGUCGCCAAAUCCAUCGAGAAUCAGAAGCUUUGCUAAUAGCUGAUGCUUGUCUGAUUGUCUAACAAUGUCUGAAAGCGUGUUGGAAAGUCACUAAAAUUGUGAAUUAAAGGACAAUUUUAAGAACUUGCUUCAAAUUUAUAUAGUUUGGUAAAUUCAGCAUAUACCUACAUUAUCCACAGCACUUUAUUUUAGUAUAACCACAGUAUUAACUGGCCCAACCUGCUUGCCAUCUACUAGGUGUUGAAGACGCUGAAAAUUAGUACUUGGUGUGGAUCGUUACAGUUUCUAACAGUUUAUAUUUUUUAUGUUGUUAAUUGCAAGGUAUAUGCAUUUAGUAGUACUAGUAGUAGUGGUAGUAGUAGAUGUCGAAAAUUUUUAAAUGCCACAUUUUAUGAAUGGAGCUUGGUGUGAAAUCAAAAAAAAACAAAGAAAGAGAAAAAACAGGGGAAACUGGUGAGUUAAUGACCCAGGACUGAAUUAUCAAAUUGUUGAUGAUUCAGUCCUGGUCUGACAAUUCCGAAUUAUCAGUGUCGCCCCAUUUUCAUCUUUUCUUAUCUUUAUUUAAAACAUUUACCUAAAACUGUCAGUUGAUAGUUACAUUACUCUGAACAUUUCUUUUGAAUGGGUGAUUUUAUAAAGGCAAGUUGUAAUGUAGACUUGUGUAUAUGUACGUGUGUGUUACACCUGUAACAUUUUAGCCUUUAUAUGUGCAACUACAAUAAGUUAACUUAUUAACAUUUAGCAGGCCUUAUACAUUUUUUAUAUCAUUGUUUUCUGUCUAUUCUUUUCCUGGUUAUUGGCUUAAAUUUCAGAUUACUUUUCACACAACUUUGUGUUAAAGAUAAUACUGUGAUGUCAACACGGUCAGCUACCCACUAAACAUUGUCAUUUAUAUCGUACUCUUAUUUUAAUUGUAUUGAUUUUUAGAUGCCUUCUAAAAUGAAUUUCUGUUUUGUUAUUUUUGUAUUUUCUACUGUUUGUACUGUUUUUAGAUAUGCUAAUAUGUACAUACAGAUCUGCCCUGAGAAUUUUUUGUUUCACAUCAUGGGGUGCGUGAAGGCAGAAUGCGUCAUGACCUAGUCUAGGGCAAACUGUGCUCCAGAUCCAGGACUGAGUGUAGAUCUCAGACCAAACUUACUGGUUUUGGAGACUGACUCUGCAACCACAUAGCUAAAACUGAUGUCUAGUAGCAGGAUGCUAACUGUUUUCGGUAGCCAAAGGUAAUAUAUGAAUUUUAAUCAGUGGAUAACUGGUCAAAACAGCGAUUUCCCAGUUUUCUCUGCUCCAGAAGCUUCUGUUCACCACAUAGACUUAACGGUAUCCGAUAAUGAUUUGAGAACUUCAGGCGUUCAGACUGAGAACAGAACACAUUUUCACCUGGCAUCAUUAUGGCAACAUGGCAACGCCAGAGUGUUUCAGCAAACUGUUUAUUCACCCAAAAAGGCCAAUGUACGACAUUACAGGUGUCCAGCUCAAACCUUGAUAUCAAAACUCAGCAGAAACUCUGUUUCUUUUUUAUUUCCUCUUCCUAGGCAAACAGCUCUGGAAUAAGCACAGAUGUUUCUUUUAAGCUGAAACAUUUUCAUUUUUAUGACUUGCAUUUUCUUAUGUAAUAUAAUAUCUGUACUGUACUUCAGAAAAACAUGCAGCGUGAGUGGCUUUCUUAGAAACGCAGCAAAAUUGAAGAAAAAGAAAGACUUACACAAAACUUACACAGUCAUUAAAGACAUAUACGCCUGUGCCCCACAUGACUCAUCCUCUAUAGCAUUCUUUCCUACGCAGCAACUUUUCCUAACCCAGGCCUGAAAACCAGGAUCUCCAGAUGUCAUCCACGUCUUGAGAAUAAUUUGCCCUUCAGUCGUUAUUGCUGUCCGGAUCGAGUUCCUCAGUGAUUGCGGAACAGCACAUAACACCUUACGAUCUCCUAAAAUAGAGAGUUUUGGACAGACAACCAAAUGGACGCCUAUAAGCUAGAAUCUUCAACCGGAAUGGAUGGAUUUCCAUGGAUGGUUAUGUCCAUAGUGCACGUACAAGCGUACCUCCAUCUCCGCUACAUUUCCGACAGGCUGCAGACUCUAUAAAACCUCGUGGGGCUCCAGUAGUAAUGAUAUAAAAUGUUGAGCCGUUUGGGCCUCAUCCCUAAAGCUUUUGGCAUCAUUCUAGAGUCGCUGCCGAUUUCACCACAAUCCUGUUCGUCCAAUGACGCACCCAGAUCUCUCCCCCAAGCACGUUUAAGGGCUGCAGCCGUUUUAUUCCCCCCAUAUCCCAACAACAUUCUGUAGUAUUUACGGGGACGACCCUGAUUAUAAAACGAUCCCCACCUUUUCAAACCAGAUUUACAGAAGAAAACAUGGUCUUAUAUUCGGACCAACACAGUAAUGCUUCACAUCAAGAGUUUUACCAAACUCGCCUGACCUCGGGCGUCGUAGACAUGACCCGCGAAUCUUUUGUUAGCCGAAACAUUUUAAACUCGCGCUGAUUUGUUUUCACUUCAGUUUUCAUGCCUGUGCUUUGACCUGAUAUACCAUCACUCUGCCUUUAAAAUUUGCUUUGUUUUGGGUCUGAACACACAUUUUGGCUUCUGCUAACUGGUGCAGAAGUAACUUUUAUCCAGGCAUUAAUGCUAAUCCGGUAAUGUGCCAGAAAGCGCCCUACACUGGUGGGUUAUCCCUUUAAAGUCAUUUACUGUAGCUUAUAGUUAUCAUAAUACUCUACUUGUCAUCUGUACUAUUACUACAUGUAUUAUUAAAAGAUUUAACCACCCUAAGCUUCUUGCAUGAAACAUCAAACCACUAAAAUGUUACUUAUGUUUUUUCUGAUUUCUCUUUAACUCUCAGCAUCUCAUAAACUGUAGAUAUAUGUUUUUUUAAAUCUGCCUUUUCAUAUCCUCAUUCAUGUGUAUAUUUAGGACAGAACAGAUGCAGUAUGGGGGAGUCUCUGCCACGGCUAACAGUGUAUAGUGUAGAUUAAAAAAAAAAAAAACAUACUAUUUAACUGGAUAACUACAGUAUGUCCUCUGGCUCUCAUGAGUCUGGGACGUUUGAAUUUCCCCGUCUGUUGGUGAAUAUUCUGUGUAUUUCUUUGCUGAUCCAUGUGUAUUUACGGUAUGUACGAUCAUUUCCGGUAGUGUAAAUACUCUGUGUACAUUAUUAUACGUUGCAUACUUUCAUAUGGGACCAGUUACCGCCACUGUAUACUGUUAGUGUUGUAUUCUGCAAGCUCGAAAGUCACAGUCCUCACUGUUAACACAUGCUGUCGUUGUACACACACACACACACACACACACACACACACACACAAUAUACUCACACGGCAUGUUGAACAGUCCUACAGAUUAUAAAUCAGCCUUGGUGGUUCAUACAAAGACUUUCAUCCCAAUGUGUUGGAUAUCCAUGUAGAGGAAACGUCAUAAAAAUAUCACACGCCUCAGUUCAUCA